AUGCUAACAGUCAUGAAAGCAUGGACCCCCGCUGCUGCCGGGAUUUCCGCCGCAAGAGCCGCCGCAUUGCUCGGCGCGCUCCUUCUCCUCUCCUCCGCGCAUCCGACGCGGUCGGAGCGCCUCCUCGGGUCGCUGCUGCGAUUCGGACGCGAGUUUGCCGCGACGCGUCUCAAAUGGCGUACCAAUAAAGACACGCCUAUUCCCUCGCUUGCGCAGCUUCCCCCUGAACCCGAUCCGCGCAUCGAUAACUACGAUCCCGAAGCAGAUGCGAUCGACGGCGCCAGUCUCGACCUGCCUCGUGGCCCGCCGGAGCUGUCGGACCCGGAGCUGCGGGUGAGGUUCGGCACCGUCGCGCGACGCAAGGAGUCGUGGCUCGGCAGAGCGAUGGACAUGGACGAGGCGUGGGCGGCGUGGGACAAGGCCGUCGGCUGCGCCGCCUUCCGGACCAAGCACGCAGGGCAGGGAAUCAUCUCAUGCACAGCAGCAAGGUACCAUGGCUCAGAUGACCACUCCCUUGCACAUGUGCUGGUGGCUGGGUGCUCACCGCUUUGCUCCACCUCAGAUCUCAUCGCCCAGUACCAGAACGACACGUGGCCCCAGAGCAGCAGCUUCCAGGAUGCUUCCCCCCUGCCGUGUUCUGCUCUCAAGCUGCCUCACGUGUCCAUUCAGGUAGCGGGUGCAGACGUGCAGGUGACGUAUGCGGGGCAGCUGGAGCAUGCCGACCGCAACCGCCAUGUGUCUGGGGUCAAGCGCAAGUCACCGCCUCUCAUCCACGCAGCAUCGCGGCCGUCCAGCUGGCGCGAGCGCAUUGGAGCGCAGAUGCGGCGCAUGGCGCACAGCAUAGGCAGCCGCAGCAACAACAUGCGGGAGGAAGAGGCGGACGUGCUUGACACCUACCCCAUGUGCACCUAUGCGGGGCCGCACGGUCAGAGAGUGGGCUCGCAUGAACAAGGGAAGUUGGCAAAGAAUGAAAGCAAAGGUGGCGAGGUGAAGCACGUGGGUGGGUCUGCAGCGACAGUAGCAGCACAGCAAGGAAUGGGGAAGGGAGCAGGAGGAGGAGGAGGAGGAGGAGGAGGAGGAGGAGGAGGAGGAGGAGGAGGAGGAGGAGGAGGAGGAGGAGGAGGAGGAGGAGGAGGAGGAGGAGGAGGAGUGCUGCUGCUGCUGCUGGACUGGUGGGACCACUUGCACUGCGUACAGUCACACUACCUCUUCAACCUCGUUAUAGAGUCACGCGAGGAGCGUGGCUUCGUCACUGAAAAGUUCUUCCAUGCACUGGAAGCAGGCACAGUGCCGGUGUACUAUGGGGCGCCGGAUAUCGACAGCUUUGCCCCACCCGACUCGUUCCUGAACGCAGAUUCAAUGCAUCGGGACGAGCUGCGCCGCACCAUAAUGGCUGCGUCUGAGGAUCCCGUGAAAUACGCCAACUUCCACGCCUGGCGCAGAUGUGGAGUGCUGGGGCACUAUCAACUCCGUCACCUUUGCGCGCUUAGUGAACUAACCGUGCUCAACCCGUGCACUGUCGAUACCGCCGCCGACUCCGCUUAUCCGCCCGCCAUGCGCGACUCCUCGCGAGCGGCGCACGCGCACGUGUACACAUCCCCGCUCGAAACCCUAGAUUCCUCCAUAGCCAUCCUCGGCGGCUGGCAUGGCCAACCCGCGCAGCACUCCGCUUCCUCCUCCGCCUCGUCGCUCCCGCGCUCGUCCUCCGCCAGCGGCGCGGGGACCGCCAUCUGGGACGCGUCGGUCGUCGAGGUGCGCGCGUAUCUCGAGGCGAUCGAGCGCUUAUUCGAUCUGAUCGACGCCGCCAACAUGCCUGGUGCGCCGCCCGGGAUGGGCGGCGUGCGCGAGACGGCGAAGGCGAUGCUGAACAAUGUCGUGCCGCGCCUCGAAGAGGGAUUCCUCCACGUGUUGCUCGCGGAGAGCCACCCCGUGCCACCCGAUCGGAAGCAGCCUGCUCUCCCCUCGUUCCCCGCCGUCCGCGCGCCCUUACCCCACCGCCCCCAGGUCAACGAGGCCGCCAAGCGCGUAUCCAAGCCCCCGCGCUCCUCCGCGCCGCUCUCUCCCUCCGCGGCCGCCACCCCCGUCACCCCCUCUUCCCCCUCCUCCUCCCCCUCGUCCGCGUCCCUCGCGGUCUCCGCGCUGGACCGCGCGCCCUCCUUCCUCCCCGAGCCCGCCGUGUGGCGCCUCCACGCCAUUGCGCGCGUGGCUGCGCGCGCGGGGCUCUCCCCCUCGCUCCGGCGGAACUACCGCACCGUGCGCAAGGCAGUGUUAGAGGAGUCGUUGAAGCUGCUGGCAGCAGGGAGGUUCGACCCGCGGCUGGUGCCAACACUUGAGUGGGAUGACCUGGCAGCGCGCGUGGACCUGUGGAAGGCGUAUGCGCGGAGGGGCGUGCGCGUGCUGCUGGCUGCCGAGAGGAAGCUCUGUGAACGGGUCUUUGACACCGUGGAGGACAGCGAGCAGUGCUUUGCGGAGACGGCAAAGGGCAGCAUGGGGCGGCUGUUUGACUUCGUGGAGGCAUUCGCGGCGGGCCACAAGGCACCUGAGCGCCUCUUCGCCAUGCUUGAUAUCUACGAGACUCUGCAGGAGCUGCAGCCCGAUUUCAACGCGGUUGUGUGCGGCAACGGUGCAUGCCGCAGUGUGCGCAACGAGCUGUCAGUCGUUCUGAGCUACGUGGGCGUGGCGGUGAGAGGCAUCCUCGCUGACUUUGAGCGCAACAUAGAGCAGGAGGACAGCCGGCCCCCUCCCGCCGGCUCCGUGCACGGCCUCACCAGCUACGUUGUCAACUACCUUGGCCUGCUCUUUGAAUACAGUGACACGAUCAAUAAGCUGUAUAGCAGCAGUGGGAACGCGGUGGUGGUACCGGUGCCGAAGCUGCUGCGGCUGAGGUCGGACGAGGAGGAGGAGGAGGAGUUUGAGGAGGAGGAGGUGCAGGGGGAGGAGGAGGGGGAGGAGGGCGGAGUGGUGGGCGAGGAUGGGAAGAGGUACUGGGGGGAGCCGCAGGAGGAGUAUCGGGAGGUGGGGCGGAAGAUUCGGGGGAUUCUGAAGGUGCUGGAGGCGAAGCUUCUGGGGAAGGCGCUGACGUACCGGGAUGCAGGGCUGGCGCACUUUUUCAUGAUGAACAAUGUGCAGUACAUUGCACGCAAGGUGAAGGGGUGUGAGCUGCGAAUGCUGGUGGGGGACGACUGGAUCAGGGACCGAGCGGACACGGCGCAGCAGCAGGCAAACGAGUACCUCAAGGUGGCGUGGAACCGCGUCACGGCGCCGCUCAGAGAGGUCCCCACCACCUCCUUCCUCAACCCCAAGGGCUCGCUCAAGGAGAUAUUUAAGCAAUUUACGACAUUGUUUGAGGAGGCAUGCAGGGUUCAGCGAACCUGGAUGGUCAACCCUGGCCCUCUGCAGCAGGAGCUGCAUCAGGCUGUGCGGUACAGGGUGCUAUCACUGUACGCCCUAUUCUACAAAACACAUGGUGCCACACUGCGGCAUCAAACGAAAUAUAUUAAGUACACCCCGCAACAGGUGAACGAGAUGAUAGGGAGCCUCUUUGAAGGUCAUCAAGGAUAA